AUGGAUAUGGAAAAGCUGAAGAAGAUGCAGCAGUCGGUGCGCAUUGGUGAGUUUCGCAGUCCCGAGCCUGUUCCCCCUUGCGGAGCUUGUUCUGCCGUUUCUACAGAGCAGAUUGGAAAAGGCACACCGAGAAGAAAGGUCAAGAAGGUUCACAAGAGUACCGGAAUGGACGACAAGAAGCUGCAAACAUCUCUGAAGAAGCUUAAUGUCCAGCCCAUCCAAGCAAUUGAGGAGGUCAACAUGUUCAAGCAGGAUGGAAACGUCAUUCAUUUCGCAGCUCCCAAAGUCCAUGCUGCUGUCCCAUCUAACACCUUCGCCAUCUACGGCAACGGCGAGGACAAGGAACUCACCGAGCUUGUUCCUGGCAUUCUCAACCAACUUGGUCCCGACUCCCUCGCAUCCCUACGAAAGCUGGCCGAGAGUUACCAAUCGAUGCAAAAGGAGCAGGGCGAGAAGCAGGAGGGCGAGGGCAAGGAUGACGAUGAUGAUGACAUCCCCGAUUUGGUAUCGGGUCAGAACUUCGAGGACAAGGUUGAGUAA